AUCUUGUCGUUGUACUCCAAUGUCCUCGUCGUGCCAAGGCCUCCUGGCCGCUCUCAAAGAUUGCUUGAUGCACUCUGACUGUGUCGUCAAAGAAGGGAAACUCCCCUCUGAAUGCCUGAAGGAGCAUCCGGAUGAGCUGCCAGAGGCGUGCCAGUCGCUGCGCAAGGCGACGUUUGAAUGUAAACGAGGAAUGGUGGGUAUAGUGUAUGAUAUUAUUCCAUUGAUGUUACUGAAUACAAUGCAGCUGGAUAUGCGGAAGAGAUUUCGAGGGAACAUUGCUGGCUCGCAGUUCACAU